AUGCCUCCCAUGAUGAGCGAGUUUGUUAAUACUGCUGAGAAGCAGAAUUUUAUGAUCUUCACAGUUACUGCUGAUGUUACUGAAAAUAGGAUAGACAUUAAAGAAAACCUACUUUUUGCUGUGCUUAUGCUUAACAGAUUAUUGGAGCACUUCAAAUGGGUGCUAAAAGCAUACUUUUUUGUGUGGUUUGUUAUUGGAAAUGUUUGGCUAUUUGGAGGUCACUCUUCAUCAGGAGCUUCAAAUUUGCACAGAUUAUGCAUAAUGUUUCUUGUCUUCAGCUAUCUCAAUUUUAUUAUUCCCUUCAUCCUGGUUGUGGUUUUGGCAUGCUGCUGUGGGGACCUUGGUCUAAUUAGAGGAGCCCCUUCAGAAUGCAUCGAUUCUCUGCCAACAUACACUUUCAAGUUGCUGAAAGAUGGUACUGGCAUCAUAAAGAAAAUUAAUUCUGAAGUUAAAGGAGGGGCUGAAGCAGCAGGAGCCGAGAAGGACUGUGCUAUUCCACGGGAUGAUGCUGUUUGCUGCAUUUGUUUGACGAAUUACGCGGAUAAUGAAGUGCUGAGGAGCUCCCUUGCUCUCAUGUCUUCCAUAAAAACUGUGUAGAUAAAUGGCUCAAGAUGAAAGCGCUCUGUCCUCUUUGCAAAUGCACGAUUUUGUUGAAGAAAUAAGGGUUUUUGUUUUCUGUUUUUGUUAAUGGUAUUACCCAAGUAGGUAAUUGCUCUUCCGAGUACAUUCCUGUCCCGGUU